CUCUUUCUUUGCUACAUGCAUAGGUGUUGUUAAAUUUGUUGUAUUUGGUGUAGCGUUUCCUUAUCUAAUUUCAGUAUUAUUGUGAAGGAUCUUUUGGUGGAAUCCAUCCAUCAUGGAGUCUGGCUUUCCAUGUACAUUUUCUACUUUGCUUGGUCAACUCCCUAAAGAAACAUGGUGGGAUGUUGAUCUUUAUAACUGGGAAGGCUUCUGGUAUAGGAGUUCUCACGUUUCUGCUGCUAUCGCUGCAAGGUCAAACUUCCAAGCGAACGAUGAUGAUGUGUUUCUGACUUCUUCGAUGAAGACAGGCACCACAUGGCUCAAGGCUAUCAUCCCAACAAUCAUGAAUCCCAAGGGUCGCACAGAUGAUUAUACUGAUGAUCCUUUGCUCAAACAUCAUCCUAAUGAGCUGAUAACAUCCCUGGAAAUUCAGCUUUUCAAGGAAAGUCCAAAUCCUGCUCUCUCAGGUAUGCCUUCUCCAAGACUAUUCCGAAGCCAUGUCCCUUACCCUAUGUUACCGGAAUCUGUUAAAAACUCUGCUUGCAAGAUUGUGUAUAUUACCCGAGAUCCUAAGGACACGUUUGUGUCAUUGUGGCACUUUAAGAACUCUUCGACUACUGCUAUGGGAAAAAGUCCAUGGCCAAUGGAUGAAGCAUUUGGGAGCUUUUGCAGAGGGGUUCAUGCCUUUGGGCCAUUCCAUGAUCAUGUUUUAAGUUAUUGGAAAGAGAGUUUAAAGAGGCCUCAGAAGAUACUUUUCUUGAGAUUUGAAGACAUGAAGAAAGAUCCAAAGGGGCAAUUGAGGAAGCUGGCUUCUUUCCUUGGAAGGCCUUUUGCCAAGGAGGAAGAGGUAGACAAAGUGUUGUGGAGAUGCAACAUGGAAAGGCUUAAAAACCUGGAGGUGAACCGAUAUGGAGUCGACCCUUGGGUAAACAUUGACUAUAAGUUUUAUUUCAGGCGUGGCAUUGUUGGGGAUUGGGAAAACAACAUCACAGAUGAGAUGAAAGAAAGGUUAGACAAAGUUACAGCAAUGAAAUUCGGGGGUUCUGGUCUGGAUAUUGGACAAUAA